UUAGAGCCAUUGGGACUUGGUGAACCAUCCUUUUUUUCCACUUUUGCCAUCGCGCAGAACUGGGCAGAUGAUUGUGCUGCAACAUGCCAGGCCUCCUCCUCACCCAGAGCAACCUGCUUUUCCUUCCGCCAUUGCAGUGGGCAAAAGGCCUAUAGUACUCCCUACACAACCUCAUUCACCAAAACGAGUAGCCCUUGCAGCUCAGCCACCUUCCUUGGAAGUCCUCAAGGAUGACAGCGUGGAACAAGAUCCAUCUUUGGAAGAACUGUGUAAACCUCUUUCUUGCAAGCUGUGUAAUGUCACCCUGAAUUCAGCACAACAAGCUCAGGCACAUUAUCAGGGCAAAAACCACAGCAAGAAAUUACGCAAUUACUCUGCAUCAAGUAGCUGUCCUGCGUCAUCAAGACUAAAUCAAAUUUUAGAUACAGUAUCACCAGGAUCAUCGUCACCAAAUGUUACGGCAGCAAACUGUGUGGGUCGUGUGAUCCUUGCCACUGAGAAUGACUACUGCAAACUGUGUGAUGCUUCAUUCAGCUCUCCUGUGGUGGCUCAAGCACAUUACCAGGGAAAGAAUCAUGCCAAGAGGCUACGACUGGCCGAGACCCCAGCCAACUCUUUCAUGGAUCCAGCAGAAUGCAAGAGAAGAGCUCGAAAAGAAGGGAAUGAACAUAAGAUGAUGCAAAAUCGAAGAAGCGUCUGCUCUCCUCAGAAUAAUACAGGUCCAUAUUUCAAUCCCCGUUCACGUCAGAGGAUUCCUAGAGACCUGGCUAUGUGUGUAACUCCAAGUGGACAGUUCUACUGUUCAAUGUGCAAUGUUGGAGCCAGUGAAGAGCUUGAGUUUAGGCAACAUCUGGAGACAAAACAGCACAAAAGUAAAGUUUCUGAGCAGCGCUACCGCAGCGAGAUGGAAAAUUUAGGUUACAUAUAGGGAAAUGACCACUAUCAAGUUGUGUUUUAUGCUUGACUUCUUUGUUUUUGGUAUUACCACUAUACCUUU